AUGGGUACAAACAUAUUGCGAAACUGGUUCGUCCCCAAGGAUGGCAUUAACCGCCAGGUCAUCUCUGCAGACAUACAGAAAUAUCUAGGCAACGAUGCGACCGUUCGCCCAGGCAAAGAUAAAGAGAUCGAGGGUUACUGGAUCAAAGCAUACAGAAACCUCACUACCGAGAUGAUUAACGAUCUCCGAAUGGCCUCGACCAAGUGGGAGCAAGAACAACGCUCUGGUCGUCGUGGCGCCUACGAAGACUCGCACACAUAUAGACAAGGCACAGACUCUGGAACUAACGGUAGUGGUUCCUAUCGCGCCAGUACAAACUCGCCCCAGCUUGGUGACGGCUAUCUUCCUCCAAACGGCCAUGUUCCUCAUAUUGCCCAAAGGAUGCCUGUCCCGGAAAUGGCUCCCUAUGAUGAUCCCAGACGGAUGUACCCUCCCCACUCCGCGGCUCCCGUCACUACUGGCUUUGGAGAUCCCUCCAUGUAUGCUUCGCACCCGCCCAGGACGCCUGCCAAUGGAUAUGGUCCCCCAGGAGAUUUCUACAAUGGCCAUCCUGGAUAUGCUCAUGAUGCUCCUCCGCCCCAUGUCAGAGGCCCUCCUCAGUAUCCUCCCUCGUACCCCACAGGGCAUAGAGAUCCCAGGGAUGAUCCCAGAUAUGCCCAGGAAUACCAGGAUCAGAUGAGAUAUGCUAAUUAUCCCCCGGCCUCUGUCGCACCAAAUGGAGCUCCAAGUCCUCAGACCACAAGUAACUACCCUCCACCGCGCAUGCCACAAUACGAUUCCUAUGGACGCCCCUACCCUGCGUCGACGCCAAUGCCUGUCCAACCUUAUGCCCGUCCAUCUCCUUCAGUGGAUCCAUCGUAUGCUCGUGAACGUCCGUCUGCUCCCCCCGGUGCGGAUCGUGGCGCUCCUCGUCGUAGAAUCAACUAG